AUGCCGCGUUCGGCGGCAAAGGACCUGCCGACGGCCUUGACAUGCGCAAGCGUCGAGGUUGUUAGACGUUCUCAUGUGAAUUUUAUUCCUUGCAUAUUUCCCCCUAUUUUCCGUCCUUUCUUUUGGCACCGUGCGCGCCUUUCUUCCCGCCAGGGCCCUGCGUGCGGGGCUCCGUUGCCGGCGGCGAUCGCGGAAGGACAGCAGCGGCUUAACCGGCGCGCCCCGGACGACCGCCUCGAUCGGGGGAUUGCGAUGGCGGGCGGGCCUCGCCCGCGGGCGACGCCGACGUCAGCGCUGCCGCCGGGGGCCGCCACCCGCACGGCGUUCCGCUCGCUCUCCCGGCUAUCUGAUACUUGCUGCGUAACAUCCUGCCUGGAUGCGCUGGGGUUUGGAAUCAGCAUCCAAGUACGCGGAGCAGAAGGCACGGGUCUGUGCUCCCAGGGCCUCGAAUCAGGCGUGUCCAUCUCGGAGGCAGGCCACUGGGCAUUGUUGCUGGCGAGAGGGCCACGCACGGGCUAG